GUCGAAGCCAUCGCGGUGACUGGCGUGGGGCAAAGGAGCGCGUACGCUCGUAGCCUGCGUGGUGUCCCUCCGCCGUCAUCCGUGGACUUCUUUUCGUGUCCUUCCACCGAGCCCGGGCGGUGUCCGGGUGGCUCACCGGGGGCGGCGACGCGUCUGCGGCGCGGCAGCGAGGCUCGGGGGCUAUGAGGUGAGGACACCCGGGGACCGGAGGCGGCACCCGGCGCUGCGCGAGAACGCAGGACGCGAAGCCCCGAAGCCGGCGGAUGCCUCCCAGACCCCGCGGCUGCGCGCGAGGCGGAGGAGAGAACAUUGAAAUUAUUCUCUAAGCUAUCUGAAGAGAGUGACUAAAUGCUCCUGGGUCAGGCUGUCUGUGGGUAUGAAGUGGUUGGGAGACUCCAAGAACAUGGUGGUGAAUGGCAGGAGAAAUGGAGGCAAGUUGUCUAAUGACCAUCAGCAGAAUCAAUCAAAAUUACAGCACUCGGGCAAGGACACCCUGAAGACUGGCAGAAACGCCGUUGAGAGGCGGUCCAACAGAUGUCAUGGUAACUCAGGAUUUGAAGGGCAGAGUCGCUAUGUGCCGUCCUCUGGAAUGUCAGCCAAGGAGCUCUGUGAGAACGACGACUUAGCAACCAGUUUGGUUCUUGAUCCCUAUUUAGGUUUUCAAACACACAAAAUGAAUACUAGUGCUUUUCCUUCAAGGAGCUCAAGACAUAUUUCAAAAGCUGACGGGUUUUCUCACAGCAACCCUGCAAGAUUUCGGCCUAUUAAGGGAAGGCAAGAGGAGCUAAAGGAAGUAAUUGAACGCUUUAAGAAAGAUGAACACUUAGAGAAAGCCUUCAAAUGUUUGACUUCAGGUGAAUGGGCACGGCAUUAUUUUCUCAACAAAAACAAAAUGCAGGAGAAAUUAUUCAAGGAACAUGUCUUUAUUUACUUGCGGAUGUUUGCGACUGACAGUGGAUUUGAAAUAUUGCCUUGUAAUAGAUACUCUUCAGAACAAAAUGGAGCCAAGAUAGUUGCAACAAAAGAGUGGAAACGAAAUGACAAAAUAGAAUUACUGGUGGGUUGUAUUGCCGAACUUUCAGAAAUUGAGGAGAACAUGCUACUUAGACAUGGAGAAAACGACUUCAGUGUCAUGUAUUCCACAAGGAAAAACUGUGCUCAACUCUGGCUCGGUCCUGCUGCAUUUAUAAAUCAUGAUUGCAGACCUAACUGUAAGUUUGUGUCAACUGGCCGAGAUACAGCAUGUGUGAAGGCUCUGAGAGAUAUUGAACCUGGAGAAGAAAUUUCUUGUUACUAUGGAGAUGGGUUUUUUGGAGAAAAUAAUGAGUUCUGCGAAUGCUACACUUGUGAAAGACGGGGAACUGGUGCUUUUAAAUCCAGAGUAGGACUGCCUGCGCCUGCUCCUGUUAUCAAUAGCAAAUACGGACUCAGAGAAACAGAUAAACGCUUAAAUAGGCUUAAAAAGUUAGGGGACAGCAGCAAAAACUCAGACAGUCAGUCUGUCAGCUCUAACACUGACGCAGACACCACUCAGGAAAAAGACAAUGCAACUUCUAACCGAAAAUCUUCAGUUGGUGUAAAAAAGAGCAGCAAGAGCAGAACACUGACCAGGCAGUCCAUGCCAAGAGUCCCGUCUGCUUCCAACUCUACCUCACCUAAGCUAGUGCACAUGAACAAUUCCAGGGUACCAAAGAAAUUAAGAAAGCCGGCAAAGCCUUUACUUUCCAAGAUCAAACUGAGGAAUCACUGCAAGCGGCUGGACCAGAAGAGCACAUCACGGAAGCUCGAGAUGGGGAACUUAGUGCUAAAGGAGCCCAAAGUUGUGCUAUAUAAGAAUUUGCCAAUUAAGAAAGAGAAGGAGCCAGAGGGACCAGCGCAUGCUGCAGUGGGGAGUGGGUGCUUGACUAGGCAUGCUGCAAGAGAACACAGGCAGAACCCUGGCAGAGGUGCUCACUCGCAGGGCGACAGUUUGCCCUGCACCUACACAACCCGGCGCUCAUUGAGGACAAGGACAGGUCUGAAGGAGACCACUGACAUCAAGCUUGAACCAAGUCCCUUGGAUGGCUAUAAAAAUGGCAUUCUGGAACCUUGCCCAGACAGUGGCCAGCAGGUGACCCCAGAGGUGCUGGAAGAACUGGCUCCUGAGACUUCACACAGGGAGGAAGCUUCCCAGGAGUGUCCCAAGAGUGAGCCAUGCCCGUCAAGAAAGAAAUUUCGACAAGGGAAACCCAUGAAACACUUAGCCAAGGCAGAGGACUGCAGUCUGGAGCCCAGCUUCCCUGGGAAAGAUGGGCUGCCAGAUUUGUCAGGGCCCCAUCCUGACCAGGGUGAGCCCAGUGGCACCACUGGGGUACCUGUAAGCUACACAGACUCUGCUCCCUCACCUGUUGGCUGUUCCGUUGUCACAUCCGACAGCUUCACAACAAAAGACAGCUUCAGAACUGCACAAAGUAAAAAGAAGCGGCGGGUCACCCGGUACGAUGCACAGCUGAUACUGGAGAACAGCUCUGGGAUCCCCAAGCUGACGCUUCGCAGGCGGCAUGAUAGCAGCAGCAAGACAAAUGACCACGAGAGCGAUGGUGUGAACUCCUCUAAAAUCAGCAUCAAGCUCAGUAAAGACCAUGAAAGUGACAGCAACCUCUAUGUCGCUAAGCUCAGUAAUGGGGUUAGCUCGGGGCCAGGUGGCAGCUCUACCAAGCUCAAAAUCCAGCUCAAGCGGGAUGAGGAGAGCAGGGGGCCGUAUGCAGAGGGGCUUCAUGAGAACGGAGUGUGCUGCAGCGAUCCCCUCUCCCUGCUGGAGUCCCGGAUGGAAGUGGACGACUACAGUCAGUAUGGGGAGGACAGCACAGAGGACUCCUCGUCUUCUGAGGGGGAGGAGGACGAGGAGGACUGCGAGGACGACUUCGAUGAUGACUUCAUCCCUCUUCCUCCCGCGAAGCGGCUGAGGCUAAUUGUAGGUAAAGACUCCAUAGAUAUCGACAUUUCUUCAAGGAGAAGAGAAGAUCAGUCUCUAAGGCUGAACGCAUGAGCUCUCGCUCUGCGGUUGUCCUGGGGAAGUAAAAGUAAUCCCAGCCACAGCUUCUCAGCGCAGCACUUCUGUGGUCUCUUCACCUGUAGGCGUAAUACUGUAGAAAGUGUACAGCAUCCCAACUCUUAAGUCUGAUUUGUGCAAAUUUUUAUCGUACUUUUUAACUAGCCUUCUUAUGUGCAAUUCCGAGUUAGAGGGAAGCCCUGUUGUAGGACAGAGGCUCCAGCAGACUGUCCGUGACAGCCGCUCUCCACACAGGACUUUGAGACACUAAUGUGCUUACACCAUGUUGUAACUUACCUGUAAGAGCAAGUGCCAGCCCUCUUCCAUAGAUGACUAAGCUGUAGUUAGGGCGGAGCAGAGCAGCCUCGUGGGAAGGGUUUCCAGCAUCUGCUCGUUUCACCAGCAACGACCUCUGGCUUUGGUUUAUUUGCUAGAUGUUUCUCCUUGGAGGUGUCGGUUUCACACUGUUUACCGGCCCAGGUGUCCUGUCCGUGGCCUUCGUUAUCACAGAGACCAUUUGGCUGGAAGUCAGAUUGAUUUCUUUGAAGAAAAGAAACUAAAUUAAAAUGCAGUCUUCUGCGUGACAGCUCAUUUUCAGUACAUUAUAUGUACGAGGCUGGUGGUGUGCAGGAUGAGUUUUCCGAGCAGCUUAUUUAUUGCUUGUCAUGUAAAUUAGAGACCGUGUAUUUAACACUUUCCAAUCCUUUUAGAUAAAAUUGUUCUUUGCAAGAAUGAUUGGUGCUUAUUUUUUCAAACCUUUGCUGUGAACAGCGUGGCAACAGCAAGCAACGUUUGUCUGAUGAACUUCAGCUAUCUUAAUUUGGGUCUUCAAGUUUCUGUUGCACUUGUAAAAUGCUACAAGGAAUAUUAAAGAAAUCUAUUCACUUUAACUUAUAAUAGUUUAUGAAAUAAAAACAUGAGUCA